GCGCUGUUUGAGAUAAGUCUAGCGGAACGCAUUAUCCCGUUCGCUCGCACGCCAGAAACGCCAUAUUUCGAGAGACCAAAGUUCCUCAGAAACAAGCCAAAGGCCAAAUCUCAGCACAGGGCACCAGCGUGGGACCCGAGCAAGGAUCCAGAAAUGAAUCUUCCUUGGCGAUACGACUGGGGCGAUUUUGUCGCUUUAUCGUAUGUCUGGGGAGAUCCAUCGAUUAGGGGGGAAAUAUAUGUCAACGAUGUGCCUAUGUCGGUGACAGCCAAUCUUGAGUCGGCGUUGCGGGAGUUGCGACACCAUAUGCGUAUCCAGCAGGGCUUCUACGUGUGGGUCGACGCGCUAUGCAUCAACCAGGAAGAUCUCGACGAACGGGCCGCACAAGUUGGGCGAAUGAAGGAAAUCUACCAUACUGCGUGGCACGUCGUCAUAUGGCUUGGCCCUGAAGCCGACCGAAGCGAUCUAGCUAUGCUGGCGCUGCGAUAUAUGAGUGUCGAAUCGGAGCGGGGAGAUGUACUGUCUAAACUGUACAAAAGGGUCGAAUUCUAUGUCGUUCGGCUGCCGUUUAUGCAAUGGAAGCACGAACAUACCGUCCUGCAAAUACGCAAAGGCGCGCUCAACGCCAUUCAUCACCUCCUUUCUAGGCCAUAUUGGCGUAGACUAUGGAUUAUCCAAGAAGUCGUACUGGGAUCUAGAAAUUCGCCCGUGCUCUGUGGCGGUAGUUCAAUCCUAAUCAGAGACAUCUUCAAGUCUCUGCAGGUUAUGCAGGGAGAUGGUGACUCUUUAGGCCAAUAUGUCAUCAUGUCAGCUAGAGGUACAGGCAACCUCAAACGAAAAUGGAGCGUUAAGGACGACACCUACGAGAUAUCCGAGAAGUUAUGGGAAAGACCUGUCGCGAUGGCAGCAUUACAAGCUUUGGACACAAACCUCUCAACAACGAAUAGGGGCGUAUACGACGCCUUGCUUCUCAGCCGCGAAGCCAAGGCCACCGACGAAAGAGACCGCGUCUACGGCAUUCUCGGUCUACCUCACCUCGCACGGCUCGUCAAGAUCCACCCCGACUACAACCGCACCGCACCCCAAACCUUCACACUCUUCUCAGCACGCCUCCUCUCCAGCGGAAACCUCAACGGCCUCCGUCUAGUAAACAGCCCCGUACCACCCAUAGGCACUCGGUACCUAAAAACAAGCCACUUCUCGCGCCCACGCAAACCCAGACUAAUCCACCGCCACCGCACCAUCCACCGAGGAUGCGAGCACGGCCUUCCCUCCUGGGUAAUCUGCUGGUCCUGCCCACGCAACCCCGCGCAACCCUUCAACAACCGCUCCAGCACUCUCCCCGCCUUCACAUCCCUGCCCCCGCCCUCACCCCCCCAAAUCGAAAACGACCGCCUCCUAACAGUCCAAGGCAUACUCUUCGAAGAACUCACAAACCUAAGCGCCUUCCACGCAACCGAGUCCUCAAAACUCUACCCCCUCUCAUCCCCCUCCCCAGCCCCCAGCCCGUACGGCAACCGCUCCUCCACGCGCUCCGCGCUCGCACACCUUCUAACGGGCAACGACCCCUCCGGCCCCGACCCCCACCUUCUCCUGCUCCCGCGGCUGUGGGAAACCGGUAUCAUGACCGUCGACGGGAACAUCUUCGGGGUGAAAGACUUCUUCUACCGGAACCGGACGCUCCGACUCUGGGACGCCUGGACGAUCGAGACGUUGAUACGCGAAGAGACGAAAGGACAGACGAUAGACCGGGUGCGCGCGAGCGCGAGCACGGCGCCGAGGUUACGGCGCAUCACGGAGGGGCAUCGGGACGCGCUGAAUACCGCGAUGAGGAUGCUGGCGUGGCGACGGCUGGUUACGACCGAAAGCGGGUACCUUGCUCUCGUGCCGGCUGCGAGUCAGGCCGGGGAUGUGAUUGCGGUGUUGUCUGGGUGCGAUGCACCGCUUGUGCUGCGGCCGGAGAUUGAAGGGCGGUAUUCGGUUGUUGGGGAGGCUUAUGUGCAGUGGGUUACUGGCGGGGAGGUGCAGCAGAGGCUGGAUAAGGGGAUUUGUGUUUUGGAGGAUUUGUGUAUCUGUUAAGGUGGGAGGGGAUUUCUUUAAAAAGGGGGGUUGAUCACGUGAUACCCCUUUUCUUCACUCUGGCAAGUCAUAUACAAGUGUAUAUUUAGAACGGUUGUACUUGUGUUAUG